CAAGAUUAUAUUACUCUCUUUCCCUCUUCAUCUCUGUGUUCAAUUUUCCUCUUGAGUUUAGUGUUUCACAGAAAUUUAUAAAAGCUGAAACCAAGAAAUCUAAGAUUUUUUGUGGGUUAGAUUUGCUUUUUUAAAGAAAAGUUUAUUUCUUUGGUGAUAAUUUUAUAUAAUUGAAGAACAAGCAAGCAACUUUGAAGCAGUUUGAAGAUUAUAUAAGGAAUUGUGAUCAUAAGAAGAAAUGAGUCUGUUAUAUAGCUCAAGUUUUAAGUACCAAGAAGAAGGGUUAGUUAGAAAGAAUCAAGAAUUCACAGAUUCGAAUCACCAUCAUUACAAUCAAGAAGAAAACCAGCAUAAUUCAGGCCUAAUGCGUUACCGAUCCGCGCCAAGCUCAGUUCUUGAUAGUCUUGUUAAUAGCAGUACUACUAGCAAUGGCAAUGAGUGUGGGGAUUUUAGAAAUUUUCGACCUUCGAGCCCUGAAAUGGAUACCAUCUUGUCCAGAUUUAUAUCAGCAUGUAAUGGUUCUGGUGAUUCAAAUUCUCAAAAUAUGGAGAAUUAUGGAGAGAAGCCUGCAAUGAAGCAAGAAAUGGCGGAUUCGGAAGCGCUUUAUCGGAGUUUCGCAGUGAAUGAAUCGGGUGGUAAUGGAAAUUCGGUGAAUGUUAAUAACAAUUCUAUGGAUUGUAAUUUUAGUGUUAUGAACUCUAUGGCUAUGGAGAAUUCUUUGCAAUCAAGAAAGGUGAAUGGAUCCAAUCUUGUUAAGCAACACAGCUCUCCAGCUGGAUUUUUCUCCAAUCUGGGCGUUGACAAUGCAGGGUUCACUAUAACAAAAGAAGCCAGCGGAUUUCGAGUUUCGAAUGGAAUGAAUGAAGAAUCAAAUCUACCCUCUACUAGGUUAGGACAUAAUUUGAACUUCUCAUCAGGGCAACGACUUCUGCCUCAGAUUGCUGAAAUUGGAGAUGAAAUUCCUGGUUCAAGUAGUUCUGAUCAAGGCAAUAGCCUUGGCAAGAGACAGUACAUGAACUUCGAACACGACUUGUGGGACAAUUCUUCCUCGGUUGACUUCAAAAGAUUAAGAGAUAAUGACGGACAUGCAUUUUCUAGUUCAAACAUAUUUGAAAAUCAGAAUGGAAAUUCUGGUAACCGAACGACUAGUUUGACUCACCACUUGAGCUUGCCUAAGACAGCAGGAGAAAUGGCUACUGUAGAGAAGUAUCUACAAUUUCAAGGCUCUGUUCCUUGCAAAAUCCGAGCGAAAAGAGGCUUUGCUACUCACCCACGAAGCAUUGCAGAAAGGGUUAGAAGAACACGAAUUAGUGAUCGGAUGCGGAAACUACAAGAUCUUUUUCCAAAGAUGGACAAGCAAACAAGCACAGCAGAUAUGUUAGAUUUGGCAGUUGGAUACAUAAAAGACUUACAAAAACAAGUAAAGACACUUGCGGAUACCAAAUCCAAGUGUACCUGUUCGAGCACGCAGAAGCUAUACGCUGCAGCUUGAUUUAGUUAUGCACAGGGGUGGAACCAAAGGAAGAAGGUGAGCAGUCGGCGUCCUGGCCGCCAGUUACCGGUUGUGUCCUACUCCUUUCGAUAUAUAGUUUCCUUUAAUCCUCUCAUUCCGCCUCCCACCUCCAGUCACCGACUAGUUUCCAACUAUUUUGCCCUCUUUGCUUAUUUUAUUGUCCAGCAUGUGUAGAUAGCAGCUAGUGAAAAAUUGGAAAUAUUGAUAAGAAUAACUGGCUGUGUCUUGUUAAUGAUAGGAUGUUACAUUUUCUAGUGUAAUCUGUUCCAUUUGAUGACCUCUUUGGGGAGGAAAAAAUGAAAUCUUAUCCUUUUGUAUUUA